UAAAUAGAUUCAGAUUAAUAUUAUUACUUGCGGGCAUCAGCACACAGCUAAAAGAGCUAGAGUGGUAAGGGAAGCCAAUAUACAUGAGCUCAGACUUACAAUGUACAUGCCCAUAUGUCAGAAUAGGUCCGUGGAUCCCAUCCGUGCAAUUCUUUGUUGCACGCUGGUCGUGUCGCUGCUUGGAAUUGAUGCCCGACGUGCCAACCAGCCAGUACCUGGUUAUUCUAUUUUUCGAGUCGGCGAUGUCACUUGGGAGGAGCGAGGGAUUCGCUUGUGGCCACAGAAUAGAGCACAAGGAAGAGGAAUGGUCCGCCGUACCUGUACAAUGUGCGGGUUAUCAUCUUGCGCACCAGCAUAUUCGGGUGCUUACGGAGGAGCGGACUCGUUUUCGCAACGGUUUGUUUUAGCUGUAAUUUCAGUGGGGAGUGCUCCGCGAUCCACGAGCUAAGCCGAUCCAUUGGCGCGGGAUGCACUCGCCGCGGUGCCAAAUACAAUGGAAUUGGUUGAGAAAUGCGUCCUAUUCAGCCAGCAGCAGUAACUAAUUUGU